AGCUCAGUAGCGCUGCAGUCGUGAGGAAGCAGGGAGGAUGGGUCGCAAGGAACCUCGUCGGGUGCAGGUGGAUGAGCUGAGGAGUCUGCUGCUGGAGCCUGGUGGGGGCGCGUUCAGGGUGCCUCUCAUGGACUAUGAUGAGGUGUACCCUGGGGUGCUGCUCGGGGGCAAGGAUCUUGGUGUGGACAUUGAGCGACUACAGGAGCUAGGAGUGACUCACGUGUUGAACGCUGCCAAAGGCCAGUACAUUGGCCAGAUCAACACGUCUCCAGGGUAUUUCAGGAGGGCAGGAAUAGAGUUUCUCGGCGUGCCUGCCUUGGACAGCAGCACUUGCAACUUGCGACCUUACUUCAAAGAGGCUGCUAGCUUCAUCGAGUCAGCGUUAUACGGUGGAGGGAAAGUCUACGUUCACUGCGAGUGCGGAAUAUCGCGGGCACCGACACUGGUUGCCGCGUUUCUUAUGCUGAGAAGAGGUCUCUCUGCCAGACAAGCUCUUGCUGCCAUCCGAUCCAAGCGAAGCAUCUACCCCAACGAAGGGUUCUUAACACAACUGAGCGACCUCGACUACGAACACCAACAGAAGGGGCUCAUUCGACCAGAACCAGAAAUGUAUUCCGCACUUGACGAACUCAACGCCCGGUACGACUAUCCACUCGAGUACUACCACUACCCGAGUCUUUACCCAAGAACUUCAACCCGGUUCAUCACCCGACAUUUCACACGAGAGUACAGCCCUCCAUUGACCAGGGCUGAGAUCAGGGCAGGGAUACGAGCUCGUUCGGAAGACAGAGAAGUUCCCGCAGUUCGAUACAGAGCUUCAAGUCUGCCCCCGCUGUCCAGGAGCCUCACGCCCGUUCGGGACCUGACGCCCUACACCUCCAGCAGGGUGCACGUUUACGGAUCGAGGACUCCUCGCAUUCCAGGCAGCACCAUCGAUAAUGACAUCAUCACCUACCGACCAUCCAUUGUAGGGUACACUCCUCGAGCUAUCCGAGGCAUCGAUUAUAAGACCGGACCAGUUUCGUUCUCCACGUAUCGCAAUUCGAGCUACUACAAGGACUUGCCGUCUUCACCUUAUGAGAGCAGGGCUACAUCCAGAAUCCGGUACCAGUUAGAACCUCGCUUCACGAGCCCUCUGAUGAACAGUACAGUUCCUGGGACAAGGUUCGGCUCUGCUACCCUCACUGCUCCAGUAAGCAGGUACCUCUCAACGCCUGCAAGAGUUUACAUCUCGUACCCUUCACGAUACGGACUGUCACCCAGCCGAUCGUAUGGCAUCUAUGAACCUAACCUCUACAGGUCCACCUAUACGCAGCACAAGUAUGGACUCGGUUAUCCAACUAAAUUCCAGACCUACAAACUGCUUUAUCCGUCUAUCUACUCCUACCACAGAAGCUACUUAGGAGACUACUAUUGAGACUAAUACAACCAACACAAGUGUGAUGAAUAGUGAGCGUCAUUAAUACUUCAAGUAGACAUAAGAGGAUAUAAGCUCGUUGCUAACGAAAUAUCGAUCGAGCAUUAAAAUCACUUCAAUUGACGGUCAAGAUUGGAAAUGAUUUGCAUUUCACACGACACAAACAUUUACGAAUUUAUCUAUGUCUUCCUGGUGGAUCUUUCUUGAUUAAGAACGUGUGCCGCCAAAAUUCUUAUUUUCAUGUCUCACUCACCACUGCCAGUCGGACAAAACGAAACUUGGGUGUGCAAUAAUAUGCUUCUUAUGACUUAACAAAUACGCUUGGCACUUUAAUUUUUCCGCUUUUUAUUUAAUUUAGUGGCGCUACGAUAAACGUUAAGGGUAAAAUAAGUUAAAGUUGUUCGAAAUAAUUUCCUCCCUCAUUGUUUGCAGUAUAGCGCGUUGUUACUGAUGAAAGUGAAAAUUCUAAUGUUGAGCCUUCUUGCGUAUGGGGAAUUCAAGGAACUAGGGGCCUCCUUGCACGCGAGUAAUCUUGGUUUGUGCCUUUUACAUGGCAAAUAUCAAGCUGUAUUUUGCCUUGAUAAGUGAAGAAAACAUCAAGUCGUGCCUCAUCAUAAAAUUUGAUCCUUAAUCGGCACUUUGUACACGCAAAAGGUGCAUAUUCACAGGGAAAGUUUCAGCCGAUAGUAUUAGAGGCUAAUAUCACCCGAUAGUAACUUAUGAGUUUAAUUCAUUCUUGCAGUGGAAAGUACCACUCAGUCUCUCUACCCUACCCAGUUUUUCACCUACAGCUUAUGUUAAUUAAUAAAAUAUUUUAUUAUCAUAGCGAUUGUAACAAUUUCAUUACUGGUUAAUUAAAGCCUCCUCAAACUAUCAUUGUCUCGUCCUAUAUUCUUUACGUAGACUUGACUCUUUUCUUCCUUACGACGCACUGGCGCUAGCAGAUGAAAAACUUACUGUUUACCUAAUACUUUCCUCGUGUAUAGGCUUUCAGAAGGUAAAACUAUAAGUGGAAAGUACUCGCCACCAAUACUAUCGACUAAUACUUUCUCCCUGUACUAGCUUCUAAGGGUAUGGUCUUCGUAUAGAACAAAAACAUCGUAGUAACUACAAUCACAGAAAAUCAUCCCUGCAACUGAUGGUUCCAGCUAGAUUCUAGAUGCAUCGUCGCAUAACUUUAGGUCAUUAAGUUUCAAACGUUCCCCUCUUAAUCGUAUUGUAAAAUGUUCAUGCUUGUUAUGUGAAUGUUAUUUGACGCUGUGGCUUAGAAGCGGCCACUCAGCAUAUUUAGCUACAGUUUAUUCUUAGUGCAGCACAGAGAUGAAAAAUACAGAACUCAGAUGAUUAUCACUAACCUUCAAGAUUUUUGCCAGAAAUGCGAAAUUUAUACUUCAAGAACUCUUAACUUUAAGAAGACGCAACGGAUUCAUAUCGAAAAAUGCCAGAGCAGAUUUAGAAUUAAAACGCAAGUAUACAUUAAAUUACAUCAAUGAUAUGCAAUCACAUAGAAAUCGUUUCUGUACUAACGAACCGGUAUAAUGCGGAAAUUUAACAUGCAUGAAAAAAGUUUAACAAUAAAUGAGUUUUCUGAA